GGAGCUGGCAAUAAAGAUAUAGAUUUUCUGCUCACUGGAAAACAAUGAAGAACUCCGGCCUCUGAAAGCCCCUGUGCACUGAUCCACAGCUCCAGUCUUUCCCCCAAAGUCUUAAUGAUAUGGCUGUGCUGCUAGCACCAACCUGGCUGUUGGUGAUGGUUGUAACCAUUUACAUUGAGCUACUGAGAUCAACUCAAGCUGGUGCUUAUUAUGGGAUCAAGCAGAUGCCUCCACAAGUGCCUCAGUACCAAGCCCUCGGACAACAACAAAUACCUCACAUGCCACUGGGCAAAGAUGGUAUUCCACUGCAACGCAUGGGCAAGGAGGGGCCUCCACCCAUGCCUUAUGGGAAAGAAUACGUGCCUCAGUUUUUGAAAGAAAUCCCACCACUCCCUAUGCUUGGCAAGGAGAGGAUUUCAAAGAAACAGAAAGAAAUCCCAAUAGCUGGGUUGAGAGGUGAACGUGGUCCUCCUGGGGAGCCUGGACCAAGAGGGCCUACUGGACCUCCAGGGAUACCAGGACAUGGAGUGCCAGGAGCCAAAGGAAAACCAGGUCCUCAAGGAUACCCAGGGAUUGGAAAACCAGGAAUGCCUGGAAUGCCAGGAAAACUAGGAGCAAUGGGGCCUCCAGGACAAAGAGGCGAGAUGGGGCCAAAAGGAGAGAUUGGACCUAUGGGUAUUCCAGGACCUCAAGGUCCGCCAGGACCACAUGGACUACCUGCAAUAGGAAAACCAGGUGAUCGAGGUUUGCCAGGGCAACCAGGACCAAAGGGUGAACCAGGAAUGAAAGGACUGCCUGGAAUACAAGGUCCUGCUGGUCCAAAAGGAGAUAAAGGCAUUGGGAUUCCAGGACUGCCAGGAUUAAAAGGUCAACCAGGUUUGCCUGGCCCCCUAGGUCCUGUUGGACUUCCUGGAAUAGGCAAACCAGGACUGAUUGGUUUUCCAGGCCCACAGGGACCUACAGGCAAACCUGGGCUUCCAGGGAAGCCAGGACCUCAAGGGUUAGGUGGAGCCCCUGGAAUUCAAGGUCCUCCUGGCCUUCCAGGUAUAGGAAAGCCAGGUCAAGAUGGAAUCCCAGGUCAGCCAGGGUUUCCUGGUGGGAAAGGUGAGCAAGGUUUGCCAGGUUUACCAGGGCCUCCUGGAGUACCUGGGAUUGGAAAGCCAGGUUUCCCUGGUCCUAAAGGUGACCGUGGCAUGGGUGGUAUUCCAGGACCACUUGGGCCUAAAGGUGAAAAGGGGCAUAUGGGGCCACCUGGAAUGGGUGGGCCACCAGGAGAGCCAGGUCCACCAGGGUUGCCAGGACUUAUGGGUCCCCCCGGUGGUAUGGGAUUCCCAGGCCCUAAAGGAGAAGUUGGAGUUAUUGGGCCUCAAGGGCCACUUGGUCCAAAAGGUGAACUUGGCUUACAAGGUUUUCCAGGAAAACCUGGCUUUCCUGGGGAAGUGGGACCUCCAGGUCUACGAGGAUUACCAGGUCCAAUUGGACCAAAAGGAGAAGCCGGUCACAAAGGCUUGCCUGGUCUACCUGGUGCUCAUGGACCUAUGGGGCCCAAAGGAGAGCCUGGAAUCCCAGGAGCUCAAGGCCAUCAAGGCCCUUCUGGAAUUCCAGGCAUAGCAGGACCCAGUGGCCCGAUUGGACCUCCUGGGCUUCCUGGGCCUAAAGGGGAACGAGGUGUACAAGGUCCACCAGGUCUUCCAGGAAUGGGGAAACCUGGUAUUGCUGGGGCACAAGGGCCGCCUGGAAAGCCUGGAGUGAUUGGUUUACCUGGCCAACCAGGUACCCAGGGACCUCCAGGGCCUCCUGGUCCCCCUGGCCCCCCAGUAAUAAUCCAACCCACACCACCAGCAAUUGGGCAAUAUUUGCCUGAGAUGGGCCCAGGCAUUGAUGGAGUAAAGACUCCACACGGGUACAAGGGGGAAAAAGGCAAAAAUGGUGGUGUGGUCUACGAGAUGCCAGCUUUCACAGCCGAGCUCACCACUCCUUUCCCACGGGUGGGAGUGCCUGUGAUGUUUGACAAGCUCCUCUAUAAUGGCAGGCAGAAUUAUAAUCCACAGACUGGCAUCUUCACCUGUGAAAUUCCUGGGAUUUACUACUUUGCCUACCAUGUUCACUGUAAAGGAGGGAAUGUCUGGGUGGCUUUGUUCAAAAACAAUGAUCCAUUGAUGUACACCUAUGAUGAAUACAAGAAAGGAUUCCUGGACCAAGCUUCAGGGAGUGCUGUCAUUCAGCUGAUGCAGGGAGACAGAGUGUAUAUCCAGAUGCCAUCUGAACAGGCAGCAGGACUCUAUGCCGGGCAAUAUGUUCAUUCAUCUUUUUCAGGAUAUUUGUUGUAUCCCAUGUAAACCGAACUUUCGGACAAAACGAAACCUCUUCUUUUCCCUCUCAUGCUUCAAAUUUAUACCAUUGAAAGAUGCAUUUAAUGACUGUUUUGGAUCACCGUGUACAAUAAAAUUACAGCUUUAAACAUUAUGUACAGCUUGUGAUAAGAAAGAAAUUAUGGCAAUAAACCCACCGGGAAGCUGUUUGCUGUACAUAGAACGUUUUGAUAUUUACCUGCUCCAUUUCACCAGGUAACACCAUGCUAAGGUUCCCAACAGGUAUUCAACUACUUUUUGUUUUCUAAAAAUGUUUGAAAAAAGAAGCAAGAGGAGGUGGUACAGUAGAAAUUAUUUUUCUAGAAAUUUUUCUAGAAAUAAUUUUAAAAUGCAGACAGAAGUACAGUCAACUAUCUUGCAAGAUAAAACAAAUUUCUCCUUGUCAAAAAGUCAUUUUCUUUUCAUGCAAUAUGUUGAUGAAGAAGAGCUGCACUACAGUCAAUGGAAAACUGUUCCAAAGCUUUUUCUAGCAAGCAUUAGCUCAUCUUCCUAGCUUCUGGAAUAUUUUUAGGAAGCCAAAUAGAUAUAUGGGAGCACAGAAAAUCAACAGCAUUCCCAAAUAACUUUAUGCCAAUGUAAUGUAACAAUUCCAUCCUAAACCGUGUUACACUGUUAUACCAGACUUUGUAUAAUGCGGUUUAGGAAUACAUAAUUAAAUCUGUUAUAUGAAGGCAGUUGAUUUUAAUACAGUCUAAGCUGCAAGAUGCUUGCUGUUGCCUCAUAGUUGGUCAAUAUAUUUCUGGAAAUCAUUGCUGGGAACAGUAAGGCUUCUUUAACUAAGGUAUAGUAUUUGGGUCAACAUAUGGGUGUGUUCUGGCCACAGUUAAGUUCUUCUAACUCUUAGAAGCCAUUGAUUUUAAUUAGAGAGUGAUACAUGUGUGGUUGACUGCCAUUGAAAUCAAUUAGAUACAAAGUGCUUAACUUUGUCCAGAUCACAAGCCCUCUCUGUGAGCCGCAUUACUACGUAGCUUGGACAACACUCCCCAGUCUCCUGAGUCAUUUUUGUUGGAUUUAGAAGAAAGUGCCAGUGGUUCUGAUAUGCUAAAAACCAAAGCUGCUUAUUCAUGUAAUAUCUUGUAUGCCCACUUAUAAAAUGGAUAAGAUGGCUGAGUGAUAAGGCAUAUUGGUGCCUUGCUUAAUUUUUGCCUGCAGUGCCCUGCAAAUUAGCUGCAUAAAUUCAACACUGUCCAUAACCCAAAACCAAACUGAGUUAUGUGAGACUUAUUCCCAGGCAAGCAUGCAUAGGAGUUCAGCCUUAAAGGUCAGCCCUAAACAGUUAUGCCUUUCCAAUUGAUUAGAUUUAGAAAAGUAACUCUGUUUAGGAUUGCAGUGUUAAUGUAGAAAUCACCUUCAAAAAGUUAGUAUUUAAGUUUUAUUCAUAAUUACAUUUGCCUGUGAAUAUGCACAGACUACAAAUUAUUCUGUAUAUGGUAGUUAUAAAAUACCAUAACCAAAAUCCAGCAGUCAACUCUGCUUAAAGCCAUUACUCUUAUUCAACAUGGAUACAGACACCACAGCUGUGGCUAUGAAAACAUAACUGGCCAACAAGUGAUAACCCUGCAGAUUCACCAUUUAAUAGAGGGAUUCACUUCUGUUCCCUCCAACUAAAUGACUGAUUGACACUAUCAUUAACUUUCUAAAUGCACAUAGCUGACCCAAAAUAAUAGAGUCAUGCUGGUAGCUGCUUAGGGUAUCAACAUUCAAGAAGUCCUGGAAUGCCCAGGAAACCCUCAAUGGGAAUGUAUUACUCAGAACCUUGCAAAAACAAUGUCUGGGGGAGCAAUAGCCCACUCUUUUGAUUUCCUCAAAGGCAGUCCUCCUUACUUAUGGAACGGGAGGAAGGGCUGCCAAUGGGAAUACACCUCCCUCAAAUGCUUUGCCCUAUAAAUUAAGAUUAAAUUAAGAUUAAAUGUUGCUCAGGGCAGCAAUAAACUGGAGCCAAUUCUUGCAUUUACAGUACCUGGUUGCACAAAAGUUUUACAUGUAGUAAUACCUGCACAAAAGCCUGCUUCUAUGUGUGUUUUCCUCCUAGUUAGACUGGAGUGAGCUCAGACAAGAGGUCUAAGCAUGUCCCACUGUUUGCUGGAUUGUAGCCUAUCUCUGACAAUGGUGCUAAUGUUAUAGGGAAGAAAAGAGUUGCUAAUAUUUUUGAAACAACAACCUGCACAUCACACUUUUUUGUUGUUAGGUUUCAAUACUGUCACAAGUUCCAACACAUUUUAAGUAUGGCUCCCAUAUUUAACUGAAACAAAGUCUCUUCAAGCCAGCCACAAUACGGACUGAAACUUGCAUUUCUUUUAUUUAAAUACAGAGUUUAAUGCAGUAUACCAUCAGCAGAAGACUGCAAUGCCUGAGAUAUGGUGCUAGAAAUAAAAUAUUUUAUAGAGCAUUGGGAGCAAUGGGCCUUUUAUGAACCAGGGCUUCCUUGGAUCAGUUGCUAGGAUAUAUAUGAGAGAAAUGAAAAAUAGCAAAUAAUUUUGUAUUUAAUUUUUUGUACUGAUUUUAAAAGAACUUAUUAAAUGUCUUUUUAAAAUGUU